AUGCUUUCUUUGAUUAUCUCCGCUUCUUUGCUAGAGUGGUAUCGUCAAGCUGCGGGUAAAACAAGGCUUCCUGAGAUGAGCUGUCACACAUGCUUUCGCGCUCCAGCUUCGCGACAACAAUUUCUUUGCUCCACCUGUGCUCGCAAUCAACUCUAUCAACUACGGCUCGAAAAUGCCAGGAUCCUCCUCGAAAAAGAAUCAAUAGCACAUCAAAUCGAAGCUGUAGUGAGACACAAUGCUGCCCAGGUCAAAGGGCUAGGUGAUCCCGCUGAGAACACUGCUGCCUGCGGUGAUUGCCUUUCUACCCAGUGGAGUUUUCAAAUAAUGGCCAAGAAAAAGGCCGAAUCUUCCUUACGGAUGAAGUCGCUCGCGAGUCGAACCGAAAACCUUAUCUCCGAAAUCAAUGGCAAAAGGCUCAAUGUUUCCCAGCGAAGGCUUACGUUGGCCCGGCGAUAUUCAGACUCAGAGUCUGCGCAAUAUCAACUUGGUGAUCGAGAGGAUGCUAUGCUCGCUGGCUUUCAUAACAAUAUCAAGAGGACAGAUCAUCUCUGGCAUUCGCUCCACAACAAGACUGCAGAAGCCCGCAUCUUUCUCUGUCGAGAAGCUGCUAAUCUCUAUGGACUACGGCAAAGGACAAAGAAUAAGGAAGGCGCACUUCAAGAGGCCUACAUAAUUGGCGGUGCCACACCAGCUCAUAUUUCGACGUAUCUUUUCUAUGUUGCUCAUCUUCUCGUCCUCAUUUCACAUUAUAUGUCUCUCAGACUUCCGGCAGAGAUCACUCUUCCCCACAAGGAUUACCCUUCUCCCACUAUAUGCGCACCGUCUGCAUCUUAUCUCUCACGGGGAGCAUGGUCAGCGUCAUAUUCAGACCAUCAAUCACCCCCCAUAUUGGCAGUAUUGAGAACGGCAGACCCGUCCCGUCUGCGUCGGUCACGGCCCCUUUUCAUCGAUAAGUCUCUUCCGAAGCUGGCCAGAGAGGAUCAUGGAACAUAUGCUCUUUUUCUCGAAGGAGUAACUUUGUUAGCCUGGAAUGUAUCGUGGCUGUGUCGUACUCAAGGAUUGAACUUAUCGUCGGAUUCCUGGGAAGAAGUGUGCAAUAUCGGGAAGAACAUGUGGCAACUACUUGUGGCGCCUCCUACACGGCCGUCAACCUUGUUGAGGGCUUUUGCCGGGCGUGAUAUACAGACGAAAAUGAGAAUAUCCAAGGACUCCCCGCGGACUACUAUUCAACGCACAAUGUCAUUCCCGAUGCUCGGCCAUUAUUCUCAUGGUACUGCACACUCAUUUCUAGGUGCUACGGAGGGCGCGGAGUUUGUGCGCACCUGGAAACUUCCAACACCAAUCAAAGUGGCAGACAAGUUAAAGUCAACCCUUUUGGGAGAGAUGGCCAGUGCCGAAUGGGAGUUACUCGAGGGCGACUCGGACGACACAGGCCAGGAGCCUACUCAAUCUUUCAUUCGACGGCCUUCUUUUACCGCUGGCCCACACCUUCACAAAGGGUCAACUAGUGAUAGCCUAGAUUCUACAGUUCCCGACGCAGAAACCUGGAACGGACCUAGCAGCCCCGCUGCUCGGCUGAAAGGAACGAGUGGCUGGACCAAGUUGAGAAACAGAUAGUACUAUUAUCGAACUGCUUUGAUAAAUCCUUUUAUAUGUGGUACUUAGAUCUUUCUUUCGCAUUGCUUCAGAGUCGUGACUCAAAGAUGUACUCAUUGCCGGGCCUCUGGGCUGUCCUCACCAGCCACACCAUUCAGGAGGACUGGAGAUCUGGGGGGCGUCGAGCCCCCUAAUACUUUUGUUGGACUUCGGGUAGAUUUUGUCAGAUAAGCCUGCUACGUAGUGGGGAGAUUUUGUAUAAUAUGAUUCAUGUGG